AUGACUCUUCGCCCGCCCUGCCCCCACUCGUGCCCUGCGCUUCGGCUCGCCCAGCCCCACACCAGGCUCCACCCCACGCCGUGCCCCGCCCCGCCCCCACCACACGCCGCGGUCUCCAGGGCUAGAACUGGCGCCUGCUGGUCCGCCAGGUGGCUUGGCGUCGCGCCCUCCGGGUACGGGACUAGGUUCGCUGAAGAACGCGGCCUGCUCCCACUGACCAAUUUGUCUGCUGUAACUCCUGAGACUUCAAAUUCAGCCAUCUCCAGGGAGGCCAGCACCCAGUCCUCAUCAGCUACCACCAGCCAAGGAUAUGUUUUACCAGAAGGCAAAAUCAUGCCAAACACUGUUUUUGUUGGUGGAAUUGAUGUUAGGAUGGAUGAAACUGAAAUCAGAAGUUUCUUUGCUAGAUAUGGUUCAGUAAAAGAAGUGAAGAUAAUCACUGAUCGAACUGGUGUGUCAAAAGGCUAUGGAUUUGUUUCAUUUUAUAAUGACGUGGAUGUACAGAAGAUAGUAGAAUCACAGGUAAAUUUCCAUGGUAAAAAGCUGAAACUUGGCCCUGCAAUCAGGAAACAAAAUUUAUGUUCUUAUCAUGUGCAGCCACGUCCUUUGAUUUUUAAUCCUCCUCCUCCUCCACCACAGUUUCAGAGUGUUUGGAGUAACCCAAACACUGAAACAUAUAUGCAGCCUCCAACCAUGAUGAAUCCUAUAACUCAGUAUGUUCAGGCAUAUCCUCCUUACCCAAAUUCACCAGUUCAGGUCAUCACUGGAUAUCAACUGCCUGUUUAUAAUUAUCAGAUGCCACCGCAGUGGUCUGCUGGGGAACAAAGGAGUUAUGUUAUACCUCCGGCUUAUACAGCUGUUAACUACCACUGCAAUGAAGUUGAUCCAGGAACUGAAGUUUUGCCAAAUGAAUGCUCAGUUCAUGAAGCUACCGCAGCCUCUGGAAAUGGCCCACAAAAGAAAUCUGUGGACCGAAGCAUACAGACAGUAGUCUCUUGUCUAUUUAAUCCUGAGAACAGAUUGAGAAGCACUGUGGUUACUCAAGAAGACUACUUCAAGGAUAAAAGAGUGCACCACUUCAGAAGAAGUCGGGCAGUGCUUAAAUCUGUUUAAAUCAUCUCUGCUAACUUUCUAGUCUCAGGAAGUUGCUGGUUUUGAAUAUUAAGAUGAGACUGAAAGGUUUUAAUUGUUACAGAAACUUAAUUCUAAACUUCGACAGAUCACACUCAGACUUUCUAGAGAAGUUACAUUAUAUUGCCUAGUUUUAUUUUUUGUUAAAAUUGUUCAUUAGAUACAUAUUUAGAAACUAGUUCUAUGUUCAGUAUAUAGUUUGAAAAAUAAUUGGA